UGUUCUUUAGUUCCUCAGUUCUAUAUUUUUGCAGAGGCAGAAACAUAAGCUCUCGGUUUUUUUUUAACUGUUGCUGACAGAAUCGAGAUAACUUUUUACUCCACCAUGUAUAACGAGGGAGUAGCAUUAACAAGUGAAAGAUGUAAUAAAUUAGACAUCUCUUCAUUUUAGAGAGAGAAGAUGGAAACAUCAUUGGUUUUCUUUUCUCAAUUAAGUAUGUGCGAACCAAAAGAAAAAACUAUUUUCAAGUUAAUACACGGUUCAGGAAAAGAAGAAAUGAGCAAAGAAGCCAAAAUCAGAGCUAAGGAAAAAAGAAAUAGGCUAAGUCUUCUGGUGCAGAAACCUGUGUUUUAUGAUGAUACUCCCUCCAGUAGAUCUGGGCAAUUGGCCAAAGAAACAAGAGUCUCCCCUGAAGAAGCAAUAAAAUGGGGUGAAUCAUUUGACAAACUGCUUUCCCAUAAAGUAACAGAGGAGCAGUUAGGAACAAAAGGGGAAGAGGCAGUAUCUGCACCAGGAGCGCAGCAAUACCACCCAGUGACAGGCUUUGAAAAAUCAGAGUGCACUUUUGCAGAUGGACUGGAGACUUUUACCAGAUUUCUUAAAACUGAAUUCAGUGAGGAAAACAUUGAGUUUUGGAUAGCCUGUGAAGAUUUCAAGAAAAGCAAAGACCCUCAACAAAUAAUUCGUAAAGCAAAAGCAAUAUAUGAGAAAUUUAUACAGAAUGAUGCUCCACAAGAGGUUAACCUUGAUUUUCACACCAAAGAAAUCAUCUCCAAGAGCAUCACCCAACCCACCGUCCACAGUUUUGAUGUUGCCCAAAGCAGAGUAUAUCAGCUCAUGGAACAAGACAGUUACAUGCGUUUUCUGAAAUCUGACAUCUAUUUAGACUUGACAGAAGGAAGAUCACAGAGACCAACAAAUCUUAGACGACGAUCGCGUUCAUUUACCUACAAUGAAUUCCAGGAUGCGAAGUCAGAUGUUGCCAUUUGGCUAUAAAGAAAAUUAUUUUUGCUCAUUUUAUUCAUAAGCUUGUUCAUUUGCUUCUAAGAUGCAGCAUGUUUAUGUUAACAAAUGGGUAUGUCUUUUAAAAUAAAUGCGUCAUUUGAAAUGAUUUAAAAAAUGCAAAUCAAAACUGUUAUUUGUCUAACAAUAUAUACUAUAUCUACCAAGAUAUUCUGUAAAGGCUUCCAUUCAACUUCAUUUCAUUCAUAGUCAGAAAGCUGCUUAAUUAAAAGGCAUAAGGAAGUAAUAACAAUGUUGUACAAGAUUGUAAAGUUAAGUAAAGGUUAAACUUUUGCAAAAUUGUCAACAGAUUGACCAAUUAUUGAGUUUGAAAUUUUUUCUAGAGGCAGACUAUACAAUGCUCAGAUAGACAUGUAUUGUCUAUGACACUUCUAUAAUGAUGAAGCUUCUCUAUGGCUUGAUUAUAGAAAGUAUAGCAGCAAUCCAGUUCUCAUAAUGGGAGAGGAUGACCAUUUGUUCUUGGGUUACUAAUCCUGGCUCUUGAAGAGCAAUCUAUCACCUCUAGUUAUAAACCAGCACCAGAAACUUCUGGGAGGACACAUUCAUCUCUACCGAACUUCCAGAUCAUACAUAACCUAGGUUGAUCACUGAUAAUGUGAUCCACAUUUGGGCUCCUUCCAAAGUGAGCACGGGCUCACCCAGUCACACAGAGCCACACUGCUGGUCACAGAAACAUGACCAGAUGAUGCAAUAGCUCCAGGGAGGAGCAUCUUCUCAUCUGUGAGGGGAACUUCCCACCAAAACAGUGGGUAGUCCGUCAUUUCAAUAACGACCAGAAGAGGUUUAUCCCCCGAGGAGCCUUCAUUUUUGGAAUGAGAAGAAAUAAAAGAGCAAAGAGUCCAAGGCCCUGGGAACUCAGGCAUCUGCCACACUGGCUUAUAUUCAGAAAGUGUUCUUCCACUGAUCAUGUUUUUGUUCCAAAUCUCAUCUCACUGAAUAAUUUAAUACUAUAUUAUUCAAAUAAGAUGAUGCUAAUAGUUAUAUAUAUCUUCCUAUAAAUGUGUGUGGCAUGGUCUGUAAAUGUUGGUAUUUAAAGGUGCCAUACAGUUGGUUUUGGCAAAUGUUAUUUUAGUUGAACUGUAAAAUAUAAGCCUGUAUAUCAC